AAGCAGCCGGGCCCCUGGAGCCGUCCGGAUGGCGGCUGCAACAGCCUCAACCACUGCCACUCACGCACGCACGCUGCCACUUGCCCCCGCACCCUCCGCACCGCACGCGGGAGAGCGGCGCGUGCAGGAGCUGCUGGGCUGAGCUCCCCCGCUGGGGUCCCCGCGCGGCUCGACCGCGCUCUUGCCGCCACCCGAGUGGGUGCCCCCGACCGUUCGCCUCGGCUGUCCCUGGCGAACCGGCUCCCCGCCCCCUCCUCCCGCGCCGUCCCCUCCCCUCUCCCUCCCCUCCCUCUGCAACGCCUGCAUUAUUUUCCGCCCGCAGGGUCCGCGCGCACACCGCGGCCUCGGCGGGGGAGGUGACCGGGUGGGUGGCUGGGUGGGUGGCUGGCUGGCGGGGAGUAGAGCGUGCAAGUUGCAGGGAAGGGGUGCCCGCUCCUUCCGCGCUCUCCGUGCUCCCGGCUCCUCACUCCUUCCCCCCUCCUCCUCGCCUCCUCCCUCCCCGCCCCCACCUCCUUCCUCCUCUCCGAAGGGCUGGUAACUUGUUGUGCGGAGCGAACGGCGACAACGACGGCGGCGGCGGCGGCACCAUCCGGGCGGGCAGCAUGGGCACGUCCGCGCGCUGGGCGCUGUGGCUGCUGCUCGCGUUGUGCUGGGCGCCCCGGGACAGCGGCGCCAAUGCAAGCGGGAAAAAGGCCAAAUGUGAUACUUCCCAAUUCCAGUGCACCAAUGGCCGCUGCAUUACUCUGCUGUGGAAAUGCGAUGGAGAUGAAGACUGUGUUGAUGGCAGCGACGAGAAGAACUGUGUAAAGAAGACAUGUGCUGAGUCUGACUUCGUGUGCAAAAACGGCCAGUGUGUUCCUAACAGAUGGCAGUGUGAUGGGGACCCUGAUUGUGAAGAUGGUUCUGAUGAAAGCCCGGAACAGUGCCAUAUGAGAACAUGCCGCAUAAAUGAAAUCAGCUGUGGCGCCCGUUCUACUCAGUGUAUCCCAGUGUCCUGGAGAUGCGAUGGGGAGAGUGAUUGUGACAAUGGAGAAGAUGAAGAAAACUGUGGCAACAUAACAUGCAGUGCUGAUGAGUUUACUUGCUCCAGUGGCCGCUGUGUCUCCAGGAACUUUGUGUGUAAUGGCCAGGACGACUGUGAUGAUGGCAGUGAUGAGCUGGAUUGUGCCCCACCGACCUGCGGGGCUCAUGAGUUCCAGUGCAGCACCUCUUCCUGCAUCCCCCUCAGCUGGGUGUGUGAUGAUGAUGCAGAUUGUUCUGACCAGUCAGACGAGUCUCUUGAACAGUGUGGUCGUCAGCCAGUGAUACAUACCAAAUGUCCCGCCAGCGAGAUCCAGUGUGGCUCUGGCGAGUGCAUUCACAAAAAGUGGCGGUGUGAUGGAGACCCUGACUGCAAGGAUGGCAGUGAUGAGGUCAACUGCCCUUCUCGAACCUGCCGACCUGACCAGUUUGAGUGUGAAGACGGUAGCUGCAUCCAUGGCAGCAGGCAGUGCAAUGGCAUCCGAGACUGUGUUGAUGGCUCUGAUGAAGUCAACUGCAAAAACGUCAAUCAGUGCUUGGGCCCUGGAAAGUUCAAGUGCAGAAGUGGGGAAUGUAUAGACAUCAGCAAAGUGUGUGACCAGGAGCAGGACUGCAGAGACUGGAGUGAUGAGCCCCUGAAGGAAUGCAAUAUCAAUGAAUGCUUGAUCAAUAACGGUGGCUGUUCCCAUAUCUGCAAAGACCUAGUUAUAGGCUAUGAAUGUGACUGCGCAGCUGGGUUUGAACUGAUAGAUAGGAAAACCUGUGGAGAUAUUGAUGAAUGCCAAAAUCCGGGGAUCUGCAGUCAAAUUUGUAUCAACUUAAAAGGCGGUUACAAGUGUGAAUGUAGUCGUGGCUAUCAAAUGGAUCUUGCCACUGGCGUGUGCAAGGCAGUAGGCAGAGAGCCAAGUCUGAUCUUCACUAAUCGAAGAGACAUCAGGAAGAUUGGCCUAGAGAGGAAGGAAUACAUCCAACUUGUAGAACAACUAAGAAACACGGUGGCUCUCGAUGCUGACAUUGCAGCUCAGAAGCUAUUUUGGGCUGAUCUAAGCCAAAAGGCCAUCUUCAGUGCCUCAAUUGAUGACAAAGUUGGUAGACAUUUUAAAAUGAUCGACAAUGUCUAUAAUCCUGCAGCCAUUGCUGUUGAUUGGGUGUACAAGACCAUCUACUGGACUGAUGCGGCUUCUAAGACUAUUUCAGUAGCUACCCUAGACGGAGCCAAGAGGAAGUUCCUGUUUAAUUCUGACUUGCGAGAGCCUGCCUCCAUAGCCGUGGACCCGUUGUCUGGCUUUGUUUACUGGUCAGACUGGGGCGAGCCAGCUAAAAUAGAAAAAGCAGGGAUGAAUGGAUUUGAUAGGCGUCCACUGGUGACCGAGGACAUCCAAUGGCCUAAUGGAAUUACACUUGACCUCGUCAAAAGCCGUCUCUACUGGCUUGAUUCCAAGCUGCACAUGCUGUCUAGUGUGGACUUGGAUGGCCAAGAUCGCAGGAUAGUGCUCAAGUCUCUGGAGUUCCUAGCUCAUCCACUUGCACUCACAAUAUUUGAGGAUCGUGUCUACUGGAUAGAUGGAGAAAAUGAAGCAGUGUAUGGUGCCAAUAAGUUCACUGGGUCAGAGCUGGCUACUCUAGUCAAUAACCUCAAUGAUGCCCAAGACAUCAUUGUCUACCAUGAACUCGUUCAGCCACCAGGUAAAAAUUGGUGUGAAGAAGAUAUGGAGAAUGGAGGAUGUGAAUACCUCUGCCUGCCAGCACCACAGAUUAGUGACCACUCUCCAAAAUAUACCUGUUCCUGUCCCAAUGGGUUCAGUCUCGAGGAGAAUGGACGAGCGUGUCAAAGGAUCAACGUGACUACAGCAGUAUCAGAGGUCAGUGUUCCCCCAAAAGGAACUUCAGCUGCUUGGGCCAUCCUUCCUCUCUUGCUCUUGGUAAUGGCAGCAGUAGGUGGCUACUUGAUGUGGCGGAAUUGGCAACAUAAAAACAUGAAAAGCAUGAACUUCGAUAAUCCUGUGUACUUAAAGACCACUGAAGAGGACCUCUCAAUAGACAUUGGUAGACACAGUGCUUCUGUGGGACACACGUACCCAGCAAUAUCAGUUGUAAGCACAGAUGAUGAUCUGGCUUGACCUCUGAAUAAGUCUUGACCUCUGAGGUCUAAGCCAACAACACUCCACUCCAGAAUGGUAACCGAGUCAGCGCUGAAGUCUCCUUUCUUCCUCCCAUCUGGAAGAACAUCAAGAUAUCUUUCCACGGAUCAAGUUUGUGUACUUGACCAUUUUUAUAUUACUUUUGUAAAUAUUCUUGGUCACAUUCUACUUCAGCUUUGGAUGUGGUUACCAAGAAUCUGUAACCCUUGGAUCUCUAGACAGUAUUGCCAUCUCUGGCCAAAUAUGCACUUUCCCUAGAAAGCCAUAGUCCAGCAAUGAACCUUGUGCUAUAGUGACUCCCACCUGUACAUACAUUGUAUAGGCCACCUGUACAUAUCCCAGAGAACAAUCACUAUUCUUAAGCACUUUGAAGAUAUUUCUAUGUAAAUUAUUGUAAACUUUUUCAAUGGUUGGGACAAUGGCAAUAGGAUAAAACGGGUUACUAAGAUGAAAUUGCCAAAAAAAAAAUUUGUAAACUAAUUUUGUACGUAUGAAUGAAAUCUUUGACCUCUGUGGAGGUUUGCAAAGACUGACUUCAAACUACUGUACAUUUUUUUUCAAGUGCUAAAAAAAUUAAACCACACAGCUUAA